GUUUGAGUAUUCUUUUUUACGUUUCUAUAAACGGCCAUAAUGGGGCAGAAUAUGUCUUCAUUUGCCGAAAUAUCUCCCAAAUCAUUAAUUUCUUCAAAGAAGCGAUCGGCUGUACUUAUUAUUAGUGUUGCGGCUGUAUAUUUAAUCAAGCAAUAUGUCGAACAAGAGAAAAAGAAACAGUCCGAACGUGCCGCAGCGCGUGCUGCAGAAGGCCAAGAUAACAGAAAUAGAAAACAAAAAAGAAUCGGUGUAGACGCGCGUUUCUUAGCGCAGAUCAAAAAAUUAUUGCCAAUUUGUAUACCAGGAGUCGCCAGUAAGGAAGCCGCUCUGCUUAUAAGCUUAGCUAUGGUAUUAAUAGCUCGCACAUGGCUUGAUAUAUGGUUUUCUGGAUUUAACGGACAUGUUGUUAAAGCGAUUGUAUCUCGCGAUCGGAAAACUUUUAUCGCUCGAGCCGUUGUGGAAUUUGGAUUUAUGAUGUGGCCAAUGAGUAUAGUGAAUAAUUCAUUGAAACUUACUAUAAGCGCGUUGUCUUUAGCGUUCCGAACUAGGCUUACAAGGUAUGCUCACGAACAAUAUUUAAAAGAUAUUACUUUCUACAAAAUAUCGAAUAUCGAUAACCGAAUCCAGAAUUCGGAUCAAUUGCUGACACAGGACAUUGAUAAAUUCGCAGAAAAUCUAAGUCAUUUAUAUUCGGAUAUUACCAAGCCCCUAGUAGACAUAGUUUUGUUUGCAUAUAAACUGGGUGAAGCCAUUGGUCGAGAAGCUCCGAUUUAUAUGAUCGUGUACUUCCUUACUUCCGGUGCUCUUUUACGUGCAAUUUCACCACCUUUCGGAAAAUUUACCGCUAUAGAACAAAAACUUGAAGGUGAUUUUAGGUUCACACAUUCGAGAAUUAUCACUCACUCUGAAGAAAUUGCCUUUUAUGGCGGUGGUGAACGAGAGCGAACUGUUGUAAAUGGAAGUUUUGAUAAGAUUGUGCGACACGUGAAAAAAAUAUAUCGACUUCGGUUCGCUAAUGGAAUUUUCGAUUCAGUAUUGGUUAAAUAUUGUGCCACUAUGACAGCGUACUACUUGCUGGCACGCCCUGUAUUUAACCCGCAAUAUGCCACUGAAUAUAUGGGCAAACUCGAUUCCGACCCAACGAAGAUUAUGGAAGAUUAUUCAAGAAAUUCUGGUUAUCUUGUAAAUUUAUCACAAGCUGUGGGUAGAUUAAUUCUUGCUGGACGUGAUUUGACCAGAUUUGCGGGAUAUACUUCGCGUGUUGCAGAACUUUUUGAUGUUCUUGAGGAUGUUAAUAAAGGGCGAUAUGAACGUACAAUGAUAAACAAUGACUCAAAUGAAGCUAAUAUCAGCCGAGCGGUUACACCGAACGAUCUCAAAGGAAAAAUUAUAACAAAAGAUGGAGUCAUUAUUUUUGAAAAAGUUCCUAUUGUUACACCAAAUAAUGACAUAUUGGUGAAAGAGUUAUCUUUCGAAGUUGAAACGGGAAUGAACUGCCUUAUUUCCGGACCUAAUGGAUGCGGAAAAAGUUCUCUUUUCCGUAUUCUUGGUGAUUUAUGGCCCUUAUUUGAUGGUGUUGUUACUAAGCCAACAGCAUCAAAAUUGUUUUACGUACCUCAAAAACCGUACUUGGCGCUUGGCACGCUCCGUGAUCAGGUUAUCUAUCCAGAUACGAAAGCUCAAGCACGUUUCAAGGAGUUUGAUGAUGGCAAAUUAAUGGAAUUACUUAAUGUCGUUCAUUUAGAAUAUUUGGUGAAGCGUGAUGGAGGCUGGGAUGCAGUUCAAGAUUGGGCUGAUGUUUUGUCGGGUGGGGAAAAACAGAGAAUAGCCAUGGCUAGACUUUUUUACCACCGUCCUCAAUUUGCAAUUUUAGACGAAUGUACUAGUGCAGUAAGUGUUGAUGUUGAGGGUAUUAUGUACACCCAUGCUCGUACUUUAGGCAUUACAUUAUUUACUGUAUCUCAUAGGCAUUCAUUGGUUAAAUAUCACGAAUGGUUGCUUCGUUUUGAUGGAGAAGGAGGUUACGAGUUUAGAAAACUUGAAGAAAGCGAUUUAACAACACCAUUUACCUCACAUGGUAAAACCGGUAAAGCUAGUAAAAAGAAAUUUGAGCUUGGACAAGAUGAUGAGGGUGAAGAAGCUGAUAACGAAAAGAAUAGCUCUUCUAGUAGCAAUAAUUCAGAUUGAACUUUUAGCCGAAAAUGACACUAAUUUAAUAUUCAUGAUAUUAUUUAUGGUCUUCACAAAAUAAUCUUUAUAAUAGAUGCAUCUCGGAUUAAUGUAUUUGUUAGUUGUAGCAGGAUUAAUUAUUUAUUUUUCAUUAUAUAUAUAUAUAUAUAUGUGUAGAAAUCAUUAAAAAAACAUUUUUAUUACACUAAAAACAAAAUGACGAUUAUUUAGUAAUCUGAAAGCAUUUAAUUUUUUAUUAUAUAUAUAGAGAACCUAUAAUUUCAAAUUUAAGAGUUUUUAUAGAGUUUUAUCUUUUAAGCAGAUAUGUAGGAACU